AUGCUUGAAAGCCAUGCAGAAGCAACAGAGUGUGGUAACAUUUGUCACAAGAAAGGGCUCCCUCUGGAUGAAGCAGAUGAAGAUAUUGGAAACAAGUGUUCUUCUGGUAGUAUCAAUCCCAUAUCAAUUAUGGUAGAGUCAGUGACUUCUUCUGUGCCUCAGGAAGCUGAUUUACUUAUCACAAACAAGAAAGAGGACCAGAACAUGCAAUCUCUUAUUGCUGCCGUAGGAAACUCUGAUAAUGAAGUCUUUGGAAGUUUUGAAGAAGCGAAAGUGAUGGUUAAAUCUUUUCAUGAGCAAGUGCACUUGCCACAUGAAACAAUUCAAGAAGAACCUGUGGAUUCUCCGGCACCUCAGGAAGUUAUUCUAAAGAUUACAAGUGAUGAAGAGAACCGGACCCUACAACCUCUCAGUGCUGUGACAGGAAGCUCUGAGAUGGAAAUAAUUGAAAGUGGUGUACAAGCAAUGGAAGGUGCUAAAUAUUCCUACAAGCAAGGGCACCCAAUGGAUGAAGCAGUCGAAGAUAUUGGAAAUGAUUGCUCAGGUACCAUCUAUCCCAUAUCAGCUCUGAAUGAAUCAGUGAAUUCCUCAGUCACUGAUCAAGCUGAUAUAAAGAUUACAAACAACAUGGGAAACCAGACCCCAAAAUCUCGCAUUCCUUUGAAAGGAUUCUCUGAGAAGAGAACUCUUCACAGCUGUGUAAACGCAACAGAGAGAAGUUCAGCCUUUGUUAAUAUUUGGUUAGGAGGAGGUAAGGCUGCUAGUUCUCCUCAGGUUCGAGCUAGAAGGAGUAGAUGUAUGAGCACAACUACUGAAGUUGAGAUGAGUUGUGAGAAGGAUAUCAUGAACAAAUCAUUACCCAAGAAAGAUCUUUUCUCUGUUUUUGACACUGAAGAAAAAAUAUUUGCUCAAAAUAAGGAAAACUUAAGCCCAAAUAUGCGGUUCGUGAGAAGUAAGGGAAACCAUCCUAAGUCACAAAGGUCAUCCUGUUCAGAGGUUAAUUCUAGUCCCAACAUCAAUUCAAAUGAAAGCAUAAGUUCCAUUUCAUACAAAGAGAAUAAGGCCCCAAAAGUAGUUCAAGCUCGGAAGUCACGAAGAAAAGCCCUUGAAUGUUGUACCAACUGGAAUGAGAAACAAGAUACAAUGAAAUUGAAGAAGAAGAAAGAGAGGCCCAUCCAAUCACUAGUGAAUUCUUCAGGCAAGCUCAAGUCAGAGUCUUCUGGUCCUGUUUCUGAUGCAAAAAGCAUUGAUGGUGGUAGUUGUGCACCAGUUUCAGACAAUUGCACUAAACCCUGUCAUUUUAAUGGAGAACAAAAACGAAGCUGGGAUAUGGUUGUGGACACUGCAUCUCUUCUGAACAAGGAGUCAAGGAAAGCUUUGCAGCUUUUACAAGGUCUCAAUGGGACUCGUUUAAUCAUUCCAAGAUUGGUUAUAAGGGAACUGGAGAGUAUGAGGAGACAAUUUAGAAUCUUUAGAAGAGUGUCGGAGGCUUCUUUUGCAUUGGAAUGGAUCAAAGAAUGCAUGGUGAACACAACCGGGUGGAUUCAUAUCGAAAGCUCAAUGGAGGACUGCAGGAUGGUUGCUCCAAUGCCAUCUACUUCACCUCAGACUCAAUUUGUUGAAGAAGAGAUUUCUAUUCUAGGUCCCUACAUCUCAAAGAAAAUGGCUUCACCAACAGUUGAAGAUCAUAUCCUUGACUGUGCUCUUCUACUUAGAAAAGGGGAUAAUAACAGACAACUUGUCCUGCUUAGUGAUGUUGUCCCUUUGAAAAUCAAAUCCAUGGCAGAGGGGUUGUUAUGUGAGACAGUACGAGAAUUUCAGCAAAGUUUAGUGAAUCCCUUCUCCCCGAGAUUCAUGUGGACCAAUAGCACUCCUAGAGGAUUGACUUGGUCCUACCAAGAUGAUGUAGUUUUGAGGGAGAAGUAUUGUGGUUUGCCAUCAAAGGCUGGUUUGAAACUCAUCACUGAACAGUAUUUGUACCCUCAAGCUUGAGAUCUUACAACUCCCC